AUGAGUUCUCUAAUUUAUAUUUUUCUUGUGGUCGUCCUUGUUCCUCAUGUUGUUCUUGCUAGAGAAAUUAUGAGAAGUGAAGAAAUAAUAUUUGAUCAAAAUUACAAGGUCACAUGGGGUGACAAUCAUGUUAUUUCCAUAAACCAAAGGAAAGAAAUUCAGCUCACAAUGGAUUACUCUUCAGGGUCAGGCUUUGCAUCCAAGUUAACUUAUGGCUCUGGAUUAUUUCAUAUGAGGAUCAAAGUUCCAGGUAGAGACUCUGCUGGGGUUGUCACAGCUUACUAUCUGAUGUCACAAGGAGAUAGUCACGACGAGUUAGACUUUGAAUUUUUGGGCAACAGAGAAGGGAAACCAUAUGCAUUACAAACCAAUGUAUGGGCAAAUGGUGAAGGGGAUAGAGAGCAAAAAAUCCACCUUUGGUUUGAUCCCACAACUGAUUUUCAUGACUACAAAAUUCUUUGGAACCCACAUCAAAUUGUAUUUUAUGUGGACAAUAUCCCCAUUAGGGUAUACAAGGACAAUAGCAACAUUGGAGUGGGAUACCCAUCAAAGGCAAUGCAAGUACAAGCAAGUUUGUGGAAUGGUGAAAAUUGGGCAACAGAUGGAGGGAAAGCCAAAAUAAAUUGGACAAAUGCACCUUUCAAAGCAAACUUCCAAGGAUUUGAUGUCAGUGGAUGUCAAAGUCAAACCUUAAUUGAUCCAAAUUGUGCUUCUAAUAACUAUUGGUGGAAUGAACAAAAGUUUUGGCAAUUGGAUCCUGCCGGACAAAGACAAUAUGAAAAUGUAAAGCAAAAUUAUGUGACAUAUGAUUAUUGUAAAGAUAGGCAUAGGUUUCCUACACCUCCCUUAGAAUGUCUAUAUUGA